AUGUCUUUAUCCAGGUUAUGGGGCCCUGCGAGGAGCUGUUACUCCUUUUUUGCAACAAAAUCUCCGUUAGCAACUUUAUCAUCACUACAAAGGAAUUCGAAUGUGAUUAGUUUUCAGAUUGCGAGAGGAUUUUCGAAAAAGCCGAAUAGAGUUGUCGAUAAGUCAGCUGACACGCGAAACUACACAUAUUAUGUGAUGAGCCUUGUAAUUGUAGCAAUUGGAUGCACGUUUGCUGCAAUUCCAGCUUAUCGAAUUUUCUGCGAGCAAACUUCGUUCGGCGGGCUUACACAGGUGGCGAAGGACUUUGAUAAGAUUGCAAAUAUGAAGAAAUGCGAGGAUCGUCUCAUUCGAGUACAAUUUAAUUCUGAUGUUCCGUCGAGUAUGAGAUGGGAAUUCAAACCACAACAACACGAGAUCUACGUUCACCCUGGAGAAACUGCAUUAGCCUUCUACACAGCUCGUAAUCCCACCGACAAACCAAUCAUCGGAAUCUCCAGCUACAACUUGACACCAUUUCAAGCCGCAUAUUAUUUCAACAAAAUUCAAUGUUUUUGUUUCGAAGAACAAAUUCUGAAUCCCGGCGAACAAGUGGAUCUUCCUGUAUUCUUUUAUAUUGAUCCUGAUUAUGUUAAUGAUCCAGCACUGGAAUAUUUGGAUUCAAUUCUUCUCAGUUAUACUUUCUUCGAGGCAAAAUCUGGACUGAAACUUCCAGAUCCAUUUGAUCCAAAGAAUCGACCAUCAAUUGCACCAUCACCGGAUAAAGUUCCAGAAGCAACGAAGUAAUUUUAAAUUUUAAAUAAUUUUGCGUUCGAUUUUCUGAAGUUUCACGUGUAUGUAAAGAAGUUUAGUGGUCAUAGAUUAGGAAUAUUUUCAAUUAAUUUUGUUGGUUUCUUGUUGGUUUUUUUUUCAAAUUUCAGUGCUAAAAUAUUAUUUUUAAAACCUUUU